GGUGGGAUGUUGGCUGGAAGUGUUACAGCCAAAUAGUUUGAGUAGACACUCUUUUGCUUCCUGCCCGCCCGCCUGCCUCGCUCGCUUUGCUCUGCGGCUGAGAGAGAGACGCUGAGAGAGAAAAUCCCUGUCUAGGCAUGGACCUCUGGCUGCGGUGCUCGGCGGCUCGCGAGGAAUGACAACAGCUCACAUGGUCAUUAACUCCUCUCGUCGGGGCUGAAGGGAGAACCGCACCGGAGCCAACGGGUGCCUCCUGUGUUUAGGACUAAGACAGAAGCUCACAGCGGCGCUCCGGGAACGUAUGAACCGAGAUCAGACAGAAAGUGCCUUUUGAGUUACCAUCCCUACUUGAAGACUUUGUCCGAAGAGCUCCGGAUAUUCCUCUGCGGUCUCUGCUGGCCAUAGCUUCAAAUCCCACCUGGUUUGUCCUCGUCUGCGCUUUUUGUGCGAAUAAACCCCGAGUUAAACCUGAAGCUGAACCUCUCCGCUGCUGGCCAGUGUGCCAAAGCUUAAAGGCGCUUCGAAGGGAAGAGCUGCACACCUUUGUGCUGUCCUAAAAUGUGCCAUUGUACCUGAAAAUAGGGCCACCUUUGCUCCCCAACACCCACCCACCCCCUUCGAAAGAGAUCAUUACUCAUAAAAAGGACAUUUUGGGGACAGUGGUGUGUCCAAUACAAGCAUGAUCCCUCUGCCUCGCCAGAGGUCUGCUCUUGAGGUUUACUGAUUGAUGAUGAUUGAUGAAUCUGUUUGACUGACAAACGUCCACAGCACAGUUGUUCAUCCCAUGCUCAGGUUUCUCCACCAGAUUUAAUGUUUUUUUUUGGGGGGGCCGCAAAGACAAAGCACCUCCACUGACCUGAGGCAGAGUAUUUUUAACUGCAUGUUCCAUCGGUUUUACUUUUGAUUUCAUGUGUUUUUAACCCGGUGCUCUUUGUGAAAGCACCUCCUCCCCGAACCGAGCGGCUCCCUCUCCUUCCUCCUGCCCCGCCGCCAUCAGACCCCUUUCGACAUGGCUCUAAACAUAGCCUCGAUACGGGACACAAAAUGGCUGACCCUGGAAGUGUGCCGGCAGUUUCAGCGAGGGACGUGUUCGCGCAGUGACGAGGAAUGCAAAUUCGCCCACCCACCCAAAAGCUGCCAGGUGGAGAACGGGAGAGUGAUCGCCUGCUUUGACUCGCUAAAGGGACGCUGCACGCGAGAGAACUGUAAAUACCUCCACCCGCCGGCUCACCUGAAGACCCAGCUGGAGAUCAAUGGCCGGAACAACCUGAUCCAGCAGAAGACGGCGGCCGCCAUGUUGGCUCAGCAGAUGCAGUUCAUGAUCCCCGGAACAACCAUGCAGCCCGUGCAGACGUUUCCGGUCAGCCAGGGCCUUGGAUCCAGUGCGGGCUUGAGCUACACGCCUUACCUGACCCCGAUGUCCCACAGCAUGGGCCUGGUCCCCACAGACAUCCUGCCCAGCACUCCCGUCAUCGUCCCCGGCAGCCCACCCAUGUCAGUGACGGCCGGUUCCUCCUCCAACCAGAAACUCCUGCGUGCCGACAAACUGGAGGUCUGCCGCGAGUUCCAGCGGGGCAACUGCGCCCGCGGCGAGACAGACUGCCGCUUUGCCCACCCGAGCGACAGCCCCAUGAUCGACACCAGCGACAACACGGUCACCGUGUGCAUGGACUACAUCAAGAGCCGCUGCUCCCGCGAGAAGUGCAAGUACUUCCAUCCCCCGGCCCACCUGCAGGCCAAGAUCAAGGCGGCCCAGCACCAGGCCAACCAGACGGCCGUGGCCGCACAAGCAGCAGCCACGGCUGCAGCCAUGACUCAGUCGACUGCCAAAGCAAUGAAGCGACCCCUCGAGGCAACUGUAGACCUGGCGUUCCCCCACGGCGUCCUCCAGCCGCUACCAAAGAGACCAGCGCUUGAGAAGAGCAACGGAGCCGGCUCUCUGUUCAACCCCAGUGUUUUGCACUACCAGCAGGCGCUGGCCAACGCACAGCUCCAGCAGCCCGCUUUCUUUCACACAGGGUCAGUGUUGUGCAUGACCCCUGCUAGCAGUCUUGUCCCAAUGAUGUACAGUGCUACGCCUGCUACUGUCUCUGCAGCAACAACUCCUGCCACAAGUGUCCCCUACGCAGCAACAGCACCAGCCAAUCAGAUCAUCCUGAAGUGAGCGUCACCAGGGAAACGGAGUGUCACGAAGCUGCACUAGGAAGCCCAAAACAGCCCCUCUGUAAAUACUACCUUGCCUCUCCCAUAGAGGUCCAGCAACCUGCAUGCUAAGAGUGUAACACUUCAAUUUAACCACCAGAACUGCAGAGCCGCUGUAACACACACACAUGCACAUAGAAAACAAAAGAUAUACACACAUAUAUGUUAUAUAUAUAUAUAUAUCUACACAUAUAUAUAAAAUACUGUAUGUAUUGCUAGAAAACAGAAUAUGAACAUGAAAAAGUCAAAUAUUCUUAUGUAUAGUACAGACACACUAUAGAUACAGUGGAAUAUCAACUCUUGGAUAUUUAUUUUAGAACUUCAGAGCAGCGUUCACCCCGACAGCCACACCUUCACGUCCCUUCGCUGUUUCAAACGAUAGCCUGCCCCAGACGCCAACAUUUUCUGCCCGGAAACAUCUCGCCACGAGAGCGUUACGCGCUCUUUCCACUUUUAUUUUCGCCAUCGCCCCGUCGCUGCAGAGUCGACCCGCUCGCCCUUUAUUUGCCGUGAGUUCAGCUUGUUCGCAUGCAGUCCAGACUGGAGAAGCUUGACAAGGCUCGGGCCUGCGCCAAGGGCUCGACAGAAGCUGGAGGGGUUAGCUUCAGUCAUACCAAGCCUUUUGUGUGUGUACGUGCGACUGUGUGCGUUGUGUGUGUCGUUGUCAGGAAACUGAUGGUCUGCCGGCAGACUGCGACUUUAAGCGAGGACUUGCAACUCCAGGUCUGGUAAAUGAGGUUUUUCUUUUUUCUUUUUCUUUUUGUUUAUUUUUUUUAGAACCGGGGGACAUGUGAGGGACUUAAGUGCUAAAUCUAAAUAUAAAAACAACAACAAAAAAAAGUUUGAAAAAAAAAAAACAAAAACAAAGAAAAUGGUGCAUUUGACGACACUCGUCAAGCAAAAAGAUGACUUGAACUUUGAACUGGAGGGCUAUCUGUGACCGUCGGUUGUCCUGUCCAACCCUACUAUCACCGAUAAUCCUGUUUCCAUUUUAGAAAACUGUAGAAGUGCCUCAAAAAAAAAAGUUUUAAAAGAAGCUCAUCGACGACACAUAAAGCAUCCAGGGUGUGGAUCACUAAGAGUCACAAAAAAAAACACCGGCUGUUAAAUCCAAGUGGACUCUUUUCGGGGAAAGACAUUACACUUCGCGUUGCCGGGAAGAGGGGGGUGGGGGGUUCAACUUCCAUGGCAACGGCUCAUCAUACAUCACAAGUGACUUUACUGCAAGGAGAGAAUUUAAAGGAUCGACAAAUCAAAACUAGCUUUGUAGAAUGUUUGGUGACGUUUCACAGUGUAUCCGUCGUUUCUUACAUCGGUUUCAGUAGUUUACACGAGGAAAGUGAGUGAGAAAACAACGUAUUGUAAACUGUGUAAUGUAUGUAAAGUGUCUGUUAUUUUGACAGUUUCUAUUCACAGUUCUAGAAAAUGUAUUCAGACUUAUUUAAAGAAGUUGUGUUGUAUCUACUAUCAAGGUGUGUUUGACCCUCCGCCUCCUAUAACAAGUGUUCGUUUUUCAAGGCCAAGACAAGAAAAAUCUCAUUUGGGUUUGCUUUUUUUUUUUUUUUUUUUUCCUUGAAGUUUUUCUCCAUUUGAUCAAAAAUUCUGAUGUAAUCUCAUGGUGCUUGAUCAACACUUGACAAUCCACAAUCGAAACGGUUUGUUUUCAUGCACAUUGGGACCUGUAUGUUCACCGUAGCAACAAUGAUGUAAUAAUGGCUAAUAACCGGAUUUAGGUCAUUUUAAAUAGAAUAUUGUUGUGAAGCUUUUGAGCCAAUAACCUAACAUGACACCUUAUGUCAUCCAGCAUAAAUCUUUAUAAGCAGCUUUUAAAGCAACUGGGAAAUAUUGGCUAUAUUUGCGAUAAUUGCAGUCCUGUUUAUGCAGGUAUUGACGCCCCAAAAAACUCCCAAUGUAGGAUUCUUGACACCUAAAAGGUUCCCUACAGAAAAAAAUAAAUAAAACGCUAUAAAAAUCAAAUAAGUGCUAAGUUUGACUCCAAUCAGACCUUCAGUGUUCAACGAUUAUUUUUACAUUUUUCUCAUUAAAUUAAAAAAAUUCAAAUUAUAUUAAUAUAAAUUGUGCAGUGCAGAGUGGAAUGAUUUGGGCAAUGUGAAGGUUUUAACUAGACUAUUUUGUGUUGCAAUAAUUUAUUUCUAUGCAAUAGCACAACAAAGUAUAAUAAAGGGGUUCCAUUUAGACCCCUCUAUCUGUUGUGCUGCCAACUAGUGGUUGAAUAUGUAAUUCCAUUUUUAAAUAACCCCUUAAAUUUUUAAAAUGUGUAUAAGGAAUUAGUUUUUUGUGUCAGAAAUGUUUAAAUAAAGUAGACUGUUAUUUAAUGAUACAGUUUACAUAAGAUGAAAUAAGGUGUUUUUAUGUGAUGGCCAACAAUCUGAACCAAUUUGGGUGGAGGAUUCUAAGAAUGUCACUUUUAACUUUUUGAGGUUUAAGGGGAAGUGAGGUGGAGGUUUUUAAACAUUCAUUCAAACUGUUUAUGUUUGGAAAAUCCCACGUCACACUGACAAAAAUAUCAGGAAUUAAAAAAUGAAAAGUGGCUAAGAGGGAACAAUUGUGUCUACAGAAAUUAAUGCUCUGCUAAUAGCGUGAGAACUAAUUAUGCUAUUAGCAAAAUGUCAUAUUAAUGGUCCACAAACUUAAUAUUAUUGGUUCCAUUCCUCUUUCAUAACAUUUAAAAUGGCCGUUAUUGGUAUUUGUUGCGCUGCUGGUCAUUAUCACCUCAUCGGUUGCUACACACCCUUUUGUGAAAGGCGGUAAAUUGUCCUGUUUUGUUGUAAUUUAUCUUGCGUCACUCUAGGUGAGAUUUUACUCAAAAAUGAUGUUGUAAACUAUCCUGUUUUGAGAUGAAUGUAAUUUAUUGAGCUGUGCAGCGUUUCUGCACGGGUCAGUUGUCUUUUUUUUUUUUUUUUUUUUUUUUUUUUUAAGGCCAACCCCUCCGUUGAGCCGGCAGAUGAGGAGUCACACUGCGGCGGGGGAGACUUGAAAAGCUCUCCCCCCUGCGAUGGAACUGGAAACAUUUCUGGAUCUUUCUCGCCCUCUCGUCGAGGUUAAAAAGAAAAGAAAAGAAAAAAGAUUUUGGAAAACGAUCACAGCGUAGUACUAGAGUUGCUUGUGUUACUGAGGGGGGGGAAGGAAAAAGUUUAUUGUAUAGAUGACGUUUUACCAACGAAAAAAGUGGAAAAAAAAAUGCAGAGAAAAUUUUGAAAAAGAUGUACUUUUCACUCUAGUAUGAUAGUAUUUCAUAACAAUAUUAAGUUGUUGCGGUGGCAACCAAAUGUUGCAGUUACUAAAGUUUGGUAUUUUUGUAAAUGACAUUGUUAAGUUGAUUUUUGUUUUGUUUUUUUGUUAUUUUUUGGGGUUUUUUUUGCUAGAACACUGUACACAAGGUAGAUUGUAAAGAAGAUAUGAACAUUUCUUAUUCAACGAGAAUAUGACAGUGACCUGAUAUUUUCACUAGCAAAUAACAGCCUCUAUACUGACUGUAACACUUCUAGAUUUAAAAUCAUCAAUGUUAUAUAGAUUACAUAUAAAUAUGAAUAUAUAUAUAUAUGUAAGAACUAAAUAUUCUAUAAAUUAAGUUCAGAUGUAAAACUCCUCCCCUGACAAAGGACCUUUAAGUUCCACACUGACGUUUUAUUUGAAGCGUAUUUAUCCGUAGAUUUUAGGAUUGCACUUUUUUUGUUUGUUUUUCACUUCCUUUAGACUUCAAAGGCAUCAGUAAUUAAUUCAACAUAUUGUUGCAUGGGAAGAUAUUUUUCUUUUACUUGCUAAACGAUAACAUACUGAAUGUUUUUAAAAAGAAACAAAAAAAACCCAUAUAUGUCUGUACGGCCUGCAGCAGCAACCUUGUGUAUGGGAUCCCUUUGAGGCGAAAGGUUUCUCGACGUGCGUUUGCUGUCGUUGAUGAGAUGGUUUUAAAAAAAAAAGAGAGAAUGGGGAAGAA